AUGACUUCACGGGAGCCAUCUGCGGCACCCUCAGAGGGCGACACCAUCGACGAUCAGAUGGAUGACACGAAGCCUGACCUUACAGAACUUGAUCAAGAGCAGGUCGAAACUAUGGAAGAUCCCCCUCCUGAGCCUACCCCUACGAGCGGUCGUCGAGCGCCUCGACACAAAGGCACAUCCGCCAAAAAAUCAAAAGCUCGGAAAGGUGCAAUCUGGAUCCAUGAACAACCUCACGAGGGCACUGAAGAUGAGGGUAGCGUGGCUUCUGCACCUCUUUCACGCACCAAAAAGUCAGAGGCCACUCCUGAGUCGGAGCCGAGAACAAUCGGAACUGCGGUGGGCACGAGGAGACAGGCUAAUGGCACUGUUGGCUCGGUCUACUCUGGAAGCAAGGUCAGACACAUCAAGAAGCCCGAUGGCACACCCCUGUGGCGCAAGGAGAUCCAGUACGAAUUUUUGCGGAUUGUGAUCGAGGACACGAAGCCAGUGUUCACGCGAGUCAGUGACGGCAAACCCGAUUGUUUUUUCUCCGACAUAUAUGUUGACUGCAUGGCACGAAGUUCCAAGACCAGUAAGAUCCUCAAGGACAGGCUUCAGGUUGACCGACAAGCUGCACAUAAUAUGGCCAUGAUCUGUCUUCUUGUCAACGUGGGCCGCAUGAACACGACACUGAACUUUUUCCCGGAGAUGAGAGCGCAGCUGAGAACCUACCAUUCCAUUCCAUCUUUGCAAGCGUACAAAAGUCAAAGGGACUACAAGUCAUUACAGGACGCUCCAAGGUUGAAAAGUAUCCUCAAGGGCGCAAGUGAGGACACGGAUGAACCUCGUACAUUGACGGCCAUCAAAGCUAAACCAAUCCCGAGGACGAAUCCAGUCAAUCUGAUAUUCGUCCUCUCGCAGUUUGCGCCCAAGAUUAGUGAAAUGCACUUUACCGAUAAAGUUGAUUUCUUUGACCUUGCCAUGCGACCAACCAUCUCAUCUGGGACCCGGGCCAGAGCAUUUUUGUGGCUCAUGUGGUGGUAUCUCGAAUCCAACUUCACGAAGGAAGACGCACUGCGGAAUCCAUACGGUCCUGGAGAGUAUAAAGAAGACCAAGAUCCGAAUGAUCCCGAUGCGAUACCACUCCUGGUACCGAAAUUGACAACCAUCACGGAAGAAGAAGGUGAUGCUGAGAAUGUCGACCCGCCGGAGGAAGUUGCCUUUGCAGAAAAAAUGACACAGGAACGGCGGAGGAUCAUGCUGGAGAAUGCAAAUGAACCGCCAUUGGUCAUGGCUGACCCAGGAAACCCGGACCAUAAAGCCCUGAAACGUCUCAAGAAAAACGCCGCAUACGGGGACGAUGACUCCCUUAUCUCUGAUGCGGAUUCACGGGCAAGUCCCGGUGUAGGACGCUCCCCAGCGCCAGAAUCUCUUGGCCACCAUGGACACGUUAUGAGCAGCGCUCUGGGGGGUCAAGCCGACAGCUUGGAUGACGAUUGGGAGGCAGUCGACCCGCACCCUGGACGAGGACGGUACAAGCGUGUCAGGGGAAAGAACACGCCAACCCGAAGCAGGGGGGGUGCUAGGCAGAGUGAUGGGCCAAGGAGCUUGCUCAAAUCAGGUCGCAAUGCUAGUACUCCGGACACGAUGGAGCGGUACCGAGGGACGCCUCAACCUGGACACCCUGGUAUUGGUAACCAUCCAGUCAUCGGUCAGUUUGAUACACACCGAGGCAAGAACGAGACUGACGUGAUAGGGGGCCGACCUGAGCCAGCAGCUGGUGGCACCAGCACCAAGGCCAGGGCCAGGACGGGGUACCAGCGCGAACUAGAGGAGCACAGACAGCGUCGGGUCGAGUGGGCCCUCCGGAGACGUCGUAGGCAGGCCCAUCAAGAAGCACGGCAGUUGAGGGAAGGGUGCAGAUGGCUCCUCCAAGCAGCCAGACGAGUCAGCGAGCUUCCUCCGACGUAUGACAGUGAAGAGGAAGAAGAGACAGGCGGCAGUGGCUUCGCCGGUGUGCUUGGCCGCAGAUGGUAUGGCGACGAACCCGAGCCAGGACAGAUUCCUGUUGGGUACGAACCCGAUGAUCACGGCGAGGAAGCGGAAACAUGGACCAAGGUUCUGAGGAAGACAGGGAGGCGCCUGGAAGUCUGGGGUGGAGACCGUGAUCUGGCGGUUUACCAUGCCCGAUUCCAACGCCACCAGGCCGUCGAAGACAAUCUCACGGCAGCCCGCUCUCGACCACUCACAAAUGGCACACGCAAGAAGCGACGCAAGCGUGAGUCUCCGGCACACCGGCCUCUUCCUGAAAUGGGAAGGUCUGCGCAGACUACCCGAACUGGAGGGAGAGAUCUCAACGACGAAAUCACCCAAGAUCUGCUUGCCGAGCGAAGCGACGAUGAUAUGGACGAUGACGAUUCCCAUGCCGAUGCAGAGGGCGAGGGCGAGGGCGAGGAGAGUGACAUGGAUAUGGACUGA